AUGCUCACCGGCGUUCUGUUUCGAGAUAUUGAUUGGGUGUUGGGUAUGGGUGUUUGCAGGUGGGCCUACUUUAUUCCCGGCUCUGAUGUCAGUGGACAUGCACCGUUCUUGUGUGGAUUUGAGCGUCGUGGCAUGUGGUGGCUCUUUGUCAGACGCAUCAACGGCUGGUGUUGUCACCAGGAGCAGAGCGGUGUUACCAUUAUUGACAUCGUAUUUAAGUGGAUGGCUGAAAUAGAUUUGGAAGUAAUUGUAUAUGUGUUGUCAACAUGGUAUCAUAUCACUUUGUGGAAUGGUAUGGAGGAGGUCGCCAUCACCACCGGCGAAGAGGAUGCGGACGUCCUCCUUCAUAUCGAGGUUGUACUACCAUCAAAAUGCUCAAUCCCAUGGAGACUGCCAAGUUCCGCCUCAUCAUGA